UCGAGGAUUUGAUUUCCGGCGCGUUUAAUUAUUUGUUCAUGGCGGUGACGACUGAACCGGGACGUCAUUAAUUUGCAGAAGGGAGCUGCAGCUAGCCAUGGUGGUUGUCAACGUACGGCGGUCGACGAUGGUGAGGCCGGCGGAAGCGACGCCGCAGCGACGGCUGUGGAUCUCCAACGUGGAUCAGGUGGCGCAUCGUCACCACACGAUGAGCGUGUUCUUCUACCGGACGGAUGGGUCGGCGAACUUCUUUGACGCGGCGGUGCUGCGCGACGCGCUGGCCCGGGUGCUGGUGCCCUUCUAUCCCAUGGCUGGGCGGUUGGCUCGUGGUGAGGACGGCCGGAUCGUGAUCGACUGCAACGGCGAGGGAGCGCUGUUUGUGGAGGCAGAUGCGGAGGCGACGGUGGACGAUUUCGGUGACUGCGCACCCACCGAAGAGAUGGAGCAGCUCGUCCCGAAGCCAAACGCAGACUACACCGGCGGCAUCUCUGCUUUCCCGCUGUUGAUCAUCCAGGUCACGCGCUUCAAGUGCGGCGGUGCAGCCCUGGGAAUCGGCACGCAGCAUCACGUCGUCGACGGCUUCUCUGGCCUUCACUUGAUAAACUCCUGGUCCGACAUCGCCCGCGGCGUCGGAAUCACUGUCCAGCCAUUCUUUGAUCGGACCCUCCUCCGCGCUCGCCACCCACCUAACCCCUCUUUUGAUCACGUCGAGUACCAGCCCCCUCCUUCCAUGAACACCUCUGCCGCCGCCGUUGAAGUCAACUCGGCCGGAGUUGUUCCAAGCUCAGCCGUUGCUGUCCGCGUCUUCAAAUUCACCCGAGAACAGCUUAACCUCCUCAAGGCCAAAGCUUCCUCGGGCGGCAGCUACAGCACGUAUGUCCUCAUCGCGGCCCACGUUUGGCGGUGCGCGUGCAUAGCGCGCGGUCUCCCGCCUGACCAGAUGACCAGGAUGUACAUUGUAACCAAUGGCCGGAAGCGAAUCCAACCGCCGCUUCCGCAGGGCUACUUUGGGAACGUGAUCUUCGCGGCGACGCCUAUUGCAGCAGCGGGGGAGGUGGUCUCUCCAGAAGGCGGCCUUUCCCCGGCGGCCAAGACGAUCCAGGAGGCUAUACUGAGGGUGGACGCCGGCUACAUGCAGUCGGCGUUGGACUACCUGGAGAUGCAGCCAAAUCUGGAGGCUCUGGUGAAGGGCCCGCACACAUACAGAUGCCCAAAUCUCGGGCUCAUCAGCUGGGUGGGCCUGCCAAUCUACGACGCCGACUUCGGUUGGGGCCGGCCAGUUUUCUUGGCCCCGGGCCGCAUCGGCUACGAGGGCAAGGCGUUCGUCCUCCCAAGCGCCGCCGGGGAUAGUGGCCUCUUGGUCGCCAUCUCCUUGCAGCCUGAUCACAUGGUGAAGUUCCAGGAGUUCAUCUAUGAUAUCUAAGCCUUUCGGAUUGUUGUGUUGGAAUUUAAGUUCAUGCUUUCGUGCGCGUGAUAUUGUUGUGUGAGAAUGUUUUACAUAUUUUUAUCUUAAAAAUUAAAGUGUGAAAAAGUAGGGAGAAUACAAAUAAAUAUAUA